AUGCAGCAAAAAAACAAGCUACUCAUUGAGAAAGUUAUUUUUCAGGCACAAUUAGAAUACAAGAUAUUCCAGAAAUACGAGAACAUGUGGCCAGUUUUGCAAUUAGAGAAGAAAGCUACAUCAAACCUUGAGGACCCAUUGCAACUAUAUGAAACACAGUGCAGGAUUGGGAAACAAAAAGCAGAAGAGAUUUGUGGUGACAAAGAAUCAGAUAUUUGGGAUGCUAAUGAGGAUGCAUCCAUCAUUGACUUUGAUUGUCUGCACUCAGAAACAGAUAGCCUGAGUGAAGCAAGUGACAAUGACAUCAGUGAAGACCCAUCAGAAGAUGGGCACAACAGUGAUGAUGACAAUGAAGACAAUGACAUGGUGCCAGUCAAGAGAAAGUCUACAAACCUACCAGCCUCAGAAAUCAUAAUGAACAUCCAAGUCAUCCUUGAAAAAAAAAAGUGCAAAGAAGUAUCAGAAGAUGAGCAUGGUGGUGAAAGUGAUGAAGACAAUAAUCUGGCACCAGUCAAGAGAAAAUCCAUCACACCAGCCUCACUGGAACACACUAAGCAUAGCAAGAUGUCCAAGCCCUCUGGAAACAGUAGUGGGACAUUACAGACCACUGUAGGACACUCUAUCAAGAUCAUGAAUGUGAGAUUGCCUCCAAGUGAGGAUGAGGACAAGGAUGACACUGAUUAUCACAACCUCACUGCCACUGAUGACUGUCCCAUCACAAGUCACCAGCUGCUAAAGAUGUGUCCUGGAAUGGACUGCAAAGAUGCUAUCCCCAACAGUAUUUCCAACCAGCUCAAGACUGCCUUGUCCACCUACAUUGGCCUCAUCAAGGAAAGGAAGACCAAUAUUCAUUUGGAGAUGGAUAUCUCCCUCAAGGAUGCAGAGGCAAAAGGUUGGCCAGCCAUGAAAAUCAAGUUCAAAGAUAUUCCCUCUCACAUUUUGGAAAUGUAUGAUGAACUCAAGAAACUCUUGUUUGAUGUGGAAGCACACAAGAACCUCUGGCUCUGGACCUGUUUUGAAGCUGACCUUGAAGUGAAUCAUUACACAUUAGCACAGUUUGCUCAAAUCAAUAUGGGAAAACUCAUGCUGCAGAUAUACCUAACCUACUUUGUAAUUCCCCAUGUCAUCUGUCAGUUUGUCACUCAAGACUUCAGCCUUUUGUUGACCAUGCCCAUGCACAAUAUCAUGGUAGAAAGUAACAAUGUUGGCAAACUGAUCAAUCCCAAGCAUGAUGAUGAUGAUGAGCUCAAUCAGAUCAAACAUGCAAUGACAUUUGCUCUUAAACAGAGAAACCUCAAGGGCCAAACAAUCCAUGAUGCUGCAAAGGCACUGGUUGCACUUCAGUAUGCAAAAACAACUGAUGUUCUGGGCACGAGUGGCAUGCAUUUUUUACUUUGA